AUGCGCUAUUCGCCGUUUGAAGAUGACCGCGGUCGAAUGCACGAACCUCAGGAUAACAGCCGGGACUACCACCCAGACAAUGCAGCCUCGGACGAUGAAGAUGAAGGCCCAAUCCCAUCACUUUUAUCUUCGAAGCCGAGGGUGAUGGCACCGAGCGUGUCCAUCCCACGACGUCGGGGAGGAAGCGUCGAAGUGAGAAUGCCUGCUGGCAUAGCAAAGAGUCCGAGAGGCCAAGCUCAACCAGCACUCUCGUCGAAAGCCCAAGGAAAGCAACGUGCUCCCGACCCGCCAAAGCCAAAUCCAACCCGCGCAGUAUCCGGCUCGGAAUCAAAUGAGCCUACGCAAGAAGAGGUUUCGGAAGAACAAGAAUCUGGAACUCACAACGCCCAUGAUAUCCAAUAUACGAUUGAUCCUCACGAGACUAGCCGCGGCACAGAUUAUCACAUUAGUUUCUCGGCCAGAGGACUGCGUAAGGAAACCCGAAAAGUACCUUUCGAACAAAUUACCAAACACAUGAGGAUCUGGAGCAGGUGGGUCAAAACUGACUCUGCUGAUCGGCAGAGGGAGUACAAGAAUAAGUUCGGCCGCUACCUGAAGGCCAAGCUGAAGUAG